AUGCCACCCAGCCCAAACUCUCGUGGCGCUGUGGCUACUGAAAGCAACCGGGGUGAUCUGCCAGCAGAACGGCUUGAACUCACUGCAGUGGUCUUCAUCCACGUGUAUGGGCUUGUGGCCUGGGGUGAUCCUACUGCAGGUGGUUCGAUCCCCUUAUCGCUGUCGGAGCGUCUCAGCGCUGGGAUCACCUUCGCAGUGGGAAAUACCCGCGCCUUCGCAGCUGUUGGACAGCAAGGUUCUGUCACAACCUGGGGCGACCCUGCCUGCGGUGGGAAUUCCGGGCUGGUGACCGAAGAAUUGAAGAGCAAAGCCUUCCAACUUUGCUACAAUGAAUGGGCCUUCACAGCUUUCAGAGAAGGAGGCCAGCUGGUGUGUUGGGGUGACGCAGAUGCAGGUGGUUCUCCUGGUGAUGUUGCCUCUUCCUUGACUUCUGGUGUUGUCAAAGUUUGCAGCACAGAGUUUGCUUUUGCAGCUCUCAAGGAGAAUGGCCAGGUCAUUGCGUGGGGUGAUCACAGCGUCGGCGGAGACUUGUCACCAGUGCACGCAAAAUUGCAGAGCGGAGUACUCAACAUUUGGGGCAAUGCCGGUGCCUUCGUUGCGGCCAAAGAGGAUGGUUCAGUAGUCACUUGGGGUGAUCCUGGAGCUGGCGGUGUGCCUGAGGCCCACAUCAGAGAUCUCGUGAGCGUCUUCUGCAACAUUCGAGCUUUUGCAGCUAUCACCAGAGGCGGCGGAGCGGUUGCCUGGGGUGCGCCUGGAUGUGGUGGCGAUGCCAGUGCAGUGCAGGAUCAGUUGCAGUUUGGUGUGGUGGAUAUUCGUGGAAAUGGGCGGGCAUUCGUUGCAAUGAAGGAUGAUGGCUCUGUAGUUUGUUGGGGGAAUCCCGACUUUGGCGGCGAUGCCUCUGCCACUGCCCACAUGCUGCAGCACAGUGUGGUGGACAUCGUUCCAAGCUUGAAAGCAUUUGCGGCCUUGAAAGAAGACCCAAUGAGUUUGGGCUACACAGUGCUGACGUGGGGUGAUCCACAGACCGGCGGCGACUCAAGCGCUGUGUCGAAGUCACUUCUUGGGAACGUGCUGCAGGUCGUUGCCAACGACUGGGCGUUUGCUGCGCGAAGAGAUGAUGGAGAAGUGGUGUGCUGGGGAGACCGUGCCUCCGGCGGUGAUGUGACACCAGUGGCACAGAGAAUUGCAGAUGGAGGUGGUGCUGCUGCCCUGUAUCACACCACUCGGGCCUUCGCAGCUGUUCUGCAAAACGGCUCGAUUUGUGCGUGGGGCGAACUCAGCUGUGGUGGUGACUCCACACCAGCAGAGCAUGAGCUGGGUGGCGAAAAGGUCAUUGACAUGUGCGCAAAUGAUUAUGCAUUUGCGGCACGAAGUGCUUCUGGUGCCGUGGUGGCUUGGGGUCACAAGCAAUACGGCGGAAGCAUUGACGAGGAGACAGCGCCAAAGCUGGCGAGUGAUGUUACAAAGAUCAUAGGCAACAAGUUCUCAUUUCUGGCAAUGAAGCGAUCUGGGACCUACGUCACCUGA